AUGGAAAUUUUGUGGAAGACGCUGACUUGGAUAUUGAGCCUGGUCAUGGUCGCUGCUGAAUUUCAGAGUUUUGGUAGACUUUCACAUAAUUCUCAAGAGGAGUUCCUGUCCAGUCUGGAGCAUUACCAGCUGACUUUCCCAGUGAGGGUGAAUGAGAAGGGCGAGUUCAUUAGUUACACUGUGAAACAGCACCGGCCCGGUCGGCGGAAGAGGGGACUGGACCAGGCAGGACCCGACCCCACAGAGACCAGGCUCUUUUACAGACUCUCUGCAUACGGCAAGCACUUUCAUCUAAAUCUGACUCUCAACCCCCACCUGGUGUCAAAACAUUUCACAGUAGAGUAUUGGGGGAAAGAUGGACAGGAAUGGCGGCAUUCCAUGGUGGACAAUUGCCAUUAUGUUGGAUAUGUACUGGAUCAAUACAGCACUACUAAAGUGGCAUUGAGCAAUUGCAAAGGUUUGCAUGGUGUUAUUACAACAGAGGAAGAACAUUAUUUAAUUGAGCCAUUAAAGAAUAUAUCCUCCAAAAAUUCCAGUGAUUUAAACCUUGAAGAAGGACAGCCACAUGUUAUUUAUAAAAAGUCUUCCAUUCCCUCGCCACAAGCGCACAGUGAGGAGUUCAGCUGUGGUGUUUCAGACCUCACAAUAAACAGGACGCCAUGUUGGCAAAGUAAUACAGCCGUGCCAUCACCAUCCCCUGUGCCAAACAAUGAAAGCUUUGGCAGUGCCCACCGCCAGCGGCGAUCUGUCAGCUCUGAGCGCUUUGUAGAGACACUGGUGGUGGCAGACAAAAUGAUGGUGGGCUAUCACGGCCGUAAGGACAUCGAGCAUUACAUCCUGUCUGUGAUGAAUAUUGUUGCCAAACUUUACCGUGAUGCCAGCCUAGGAAACGUUGUGAACAUUAUUGUAACCAGACUGAUUGUCCUGACAGAGGAUCAGCCAAACCUAGAGAUAAACCAUCAUGCGGAUAAAUCUCUAGACAGCUUCUGUAAAUGGCAGAGGUCCAUUCUCUCUCACCAAGGAGAUGGGAACAGUAUUCCAGAGAACGGGAUAGCGCAUCAUGACAAUGCUGUUCUUAUCACGAGGUAUGACAUCUGCACCUACAAGAACAAACCCUGCGGCACGCUCGGCUUGGCAUCGGUGGCUGGAAUGUGUGAGCCAGAGAGAAGCUGCAGCAUUAAUGAAGAUAUUGGCCUGGGUUCUGCCUUCACUAUCGCCCAUGAGAUUGGACACAACUUUGGCAUGAACCACGACGGCAUUGGUAACUCUUGCGGGACCAAAGGUCAUGAGACAGCCAAACUGAUGGCAGCCCACAUCACGGCCAACACCAACCCCUUCUCCUGGUCAGCUUGCAGCAAAGACUACAUCACCAGCUUUUUGGACUCAGGUCGGGGGACGUGUCUGGACAAUGAACCUUUGAAACGAGACUUCCUGUACCCCACAGUGGCCCCAGGGCAGGUGUACGACGCAGAUGAACAGUGUCGCUUCCAAUACGGUGCCUCCUCCCGACAGUGCAAAUAUGGGGAAGUGUGUAGAGAGCUCUGGUGCCUUAGCAAAAGCAACCGCUGUGUCACCAACAGUAUCCCAGCGGCCGAGGGGACCCUUUGUCAGACGGGCAGUAUUGAAAAAGGGUGGUGUUACCAGGGUGAAUGUGUGGCGUUUGGGACCUGGCCUCAGAGCGUGGACGGUGGCUGGGGACCCUGGUCUACAUGGGGAGAAUGCAGCAGGACCUGUGGUGGGGGCGUCUCCUCCUCUAUGCGUCACUGUGACAGCCCAGCGCCGUCUGGUGGAGGAAAGUACUGUCUUGGGGAGAGGAAGAGGUACAGAUCAUGUAACACUGAUGCGUGUCCGGCGGGGUCACGUGACUUUCGGGAGAAGCAGUGUGCGGACUUUGACAGCAUGCCCUUCCGUGGGAAGUACUACAACUGGAAGCCAUACACAGGAGGUGGCGUGAAGCCUUGUGCCCUCAACUGCUUGGCUGAAGGUUACAACUUCUACACGGAGCGCGCUCCAGCAGUUAUCGAUGGCACGCGUUGUCAGGCGGACUCUCUGGACAUCUGCAUCAAUGGAGAAUGCAAGCAUGUGGGCUGUGAUAACAUCCUGGGCUCGGAUGCCAAGGAGGACAGAUGUCGUGUGUGUGGGGGAGAUGGGAGCACGUGUGAGGCUACCGAGGGCCUAUUCAAUGACUCUCUUCCCAGAGGAGGCUACCUGGAGGUGAUCCAGAUACCAAGAGGAUCUGUCCACAUUGAAAUUAGAGAAGUCACCAUUUCUAAGAAUUACAUUGCCUUGAAAUCUGAGGGAGAUGACUACUACAUCAAUGGAGCGUGGACUAUCGACUGGCCUCGCAAGUUCGACAUUGCAGGCACUGCGUUUCACUACAAGAGACCUUCGGAUGAACCAGAGUCUCUGGAGGCAUUAGGAGCCACAACUGAAAAUCUUGUUGUUAUGGUGUUGCUCCAGGAGCAGAACCAUGGGAUUCAGUACAAGUUUAACGUGCCUAUUCAACGCACAGGCAGCGGGGACAAUGAGGUGGGCUUCUCGUGGCACCACCUCCCCUGGUCAGAGUGCUCUGCUACCUGUGCUGGAGGCUCUCAGAAACAGGAAGUGGUGUGUAAAAGGCUGGAUGACAACUCUGUGGUCCAGAACAGCUACUGUGACCCCGAGAGCAAGCCUCCAGAGAACCAGAGACCCUGUAACUCAGAGCCGUGCCCCCCAGAGUGGUUUAUUGGGGACUGGUCAGAGUGUGGGAAGACAUGCGAUGGGGGCAUGCGCACCCGCACUGUCCUAUGUAUUCGCAAGAUUGGCCCUACUGAGGAGGAGACUCUGGAGGACAGUCACUGUCUGACCCAUCGACCAAUUGAGCGCGAAUCCUGCAACAACCAGUCCUGCCCUCCGCAGUGGGUGGCUCUUGAUUGGUCAGAGUGCACUCCAAAGUGUGGCCCUGGCUUCAAGCAUCGCAUCGUCCUAUGUAAGAGCAGUGACCUGACCAAAACCUUUCCCCCCGCGCUAUGUUCUGACCACAACAAGCCCCCGGUUCGAAUCCGCUGCAGUCUGGGUCGCUGCCCACCCCCUCGCUGGAUCCCCGGAGAAUGGGGACAGUGCUCAGCGCUGUGCGGAUUAGGACAGCAGAUGAGAACAGUCCAGUGCCUGUCGUAUACUGGCCAGCCCUCAAACGACUGUCCCGAGUCACUGCGGCCGACCACCAUGCAGCAGUGUGAGAGCAAGUGUGAUGCUGUGCCUAUCUCCAACGGUGACGAGUGCAAAGACGUAAACAAGGUGGCAUAUUGCCCACUGGUGCUGAAGUUCAAGUUUUGCAGCCGUGCGUACUUCAGGCAGAUGUGCUGCAAGACGUGCCAAGGACACUGA